CGAACGGCCGUUGUUAUGACACGUGUCGAGAUAAGCCGCGCUCAGAUCUCCUUCCUCCACUCAGUGAAUAGAAUCCUUUUGGCGACUGGCGGUAUACCAGCGGGUCAGACAAAACCGAAUUCCUGGAGACAGAAUGACGUGGAUUCUGCUGAUACUGAGCUUGCUCCUGGCGUCCUGCCCGUGGUUCUGUUGGUGCCGGUCUCGCCUGGAAGUCACUUCUUUGUAUUCUGGAGGUCUGUGUCCAGCCACCUGAUACCCCGGACAGAGCACACCCAGCACAGCGUCAAGGACCUCCUGUUGGACUACUACCGGUCAGGGGUGGUCAACGUGACGACGGGUGGACGCCUGGGGUCGGCCCGGGAGCUGUACCACGCCCUCAACAUGUCCCGGGUCCCGAGUCAAGGGGUGUUGGAGAGGGAAGGAAAGAAGCCGUUUUUCUUCAUGAAGAGUCUUCUGAAGGAGGACUAUCGGGUGUGUGAAGUCUUCCACCGGGUACUCUCCUAUGAGGAAGACUUCCGCUGCAACAACGUCACUGACCAACUCUCAGAGUACAUCUGUGGCCGGAUGAAAAGGAAUCACCCACAACAUGAAGCACAUCUCGGAGACUCUACACAAGCAGUUGACAGAUUUCUUCCACGUGCCUAGCAUCAACAUUGACCAGCCGUCGCGACUAGAACGGCGUCUCAAAGCUGAGCUAAUCCGGAAAAUGAAUGCAGACGAAAGAAAAAUGAAAAAAAUGGACGUUUUUCCUGAUAACGACUACCAUGACGGAGCUGUGACUGAGGUGGACGACAUGGACGCGUCCCAGACGAUGGCCUACCGGAAGCGGAACCGGGCGACUGUGGCGAUCCUGUAUGCAGCCUUCUUACACCUCCAGGACACAGAGUCAUCACUGAGGUACGCCCUGCGGGUCUUGGAGCCGCCACGAGACGCCAGCAACUUCUAGGGAUGCUGUCGUCUGACGACAACGUAGUACUGCUGACGCGGGCCGCGUCCUCUCUGUCUCAGAAAGUGAAAGUUCGUCAACACGAACUCCAUUAGGAUAAUACCACUGGAUGAUUCCGGCAGACUUAUUGUGGACGCUACAUCUCAGUACCCUCCUGUUUCCAACUAUCGACAAUUCCAUAAUAUUCUCCAUUGUACAAGGGUCUGAGUUUUCCGAAUUUGCCAUCAGUUGUUGCAAUGUGUCACCAUAUGAAACUUUAAGUUGCGACAUUGUACCUGUACAGCUGUAGUACUGUCCUCAAUCCCUGGAUGUGGUGCUGACUGUCAUGACAGACCGAACUUCCCUUGUGCUCCGUCCUGGGCUGCAAUAACCUCUGUCUUCUCCUCCACAUCCCGUGGUAACCUCCAUAUAUUCAACAUCUCCCGCACAAAGAUAAUACGACACGGAGGACCAAAUUCGUAUUUACGAUAAGUAAUAAUAUAAUGACCUAACAUUUAUAAAUUUUGUUCACGAUGUGAAGUUUAGGUCCCCCUUACAUUGGCUGUUGGUCUGUCAAUAUGAUGACGUUUCUGGUUCGUUUGCUGCCAGCUCUCACAGUACCUGCAGUGAUGUUCUAUGUUACAAUAUACGAUCUAGAUUGCACCUCCAUAGCCUGGCUCAGCAGAAUUAGACUAGCUGAGUUAGUGAUACAUCACACAUCAUCAUUGUGAAUACCAUUGCCGUGUAUAUAAAGGCUGUUACCAAAGACUACCAAGUGUUGGGCGACAGAUACGCAGAUCUCGAAGUGAACAGAAGCGUUGGUUUGUAAGUUUUUAUCUGAACCUUCAAAGGAAACAUAUUGUGUGAUUUUCACCAAGAUUAAGAUGUUUCCAUUUUACUGUACAUGUGGGUAUCACACACCUCUGAGACCACACGUUUUCGACAAAGGGAACAUUAUCACGUGACCUUCUGUAACACACAAACUUGUCAAAAAUAAUUCAGUCCAUAGAUGUAUUCGGGCUCUAACGCGAUCCUGUGUUGGGUCACAAAUAGGUCUCGUCAAACAAAACGUCUUGUUAGACAGACGUAAUGUCUCAUUACGCUAAUGUAUUAGUCAUAACAUUUCUUACAUGAAGCAUAUGUUGGUCAGCCUUCAGUGUGGUGUCCACACCAACAGAAGGCAACAUCUCGUUACGGGUAGUAGUUGAUGCACGGGUGUGCGACUGGUAGUUUCCAAAGGCUGUGUUAGUUAUGUACAUUUUAUAUCUUCGCAUAUUCCUCACUUAUGUACUUGUCCGUGUUGUACAGGCGUUGUGCACGUUGUAUAUACAUGCCUUAUAUGAUGUAUUUAAGUUUGAAAGCUGGAACUGUCUCGACAUCCAUCACAGUGUUCGACAUUCUUACUCAUUGUCAUCGUGAAGACGCACGUGUCAUCCUUUCCCAUAUAUCAUCCUGCAUCCAGAAGCAUCAACAUCGUCUACUGAUCUGUAUUAUUUUAUUAAAUCAAUAUCAUUCUGAUCAUCGCGAGUUACGUGUUGUAUGACUCUCAAGGGGCCAGGGGGUAGGCGGGCGGGGGAAGGGCUCGGGGCUCACAUCUUCUCUAAUCGUCCAAGGCAGGCGUUCAUCGUCAUGAUAUGCACAAGCAUGUCUCUGCUAUGUCCGUGAUUUAAUAUUACACGAUUUAGUAUGACAAGUCGGCAUCUCGACUGUUUUGGGUUCCGGUGUCCUUACGUACAACCUAAUGCACAGCAACGGUUCUUAAUUAUUUCCGCGCUGUGACAUUUUAGUUGGAGCUUCCAUAGUCACGUGAUCGUUUGUUACAAAGCUACGUAAAUCGACACUGGACGAACUGACAGUUUAUCAAAGUUAUGUACACAUACGUGUACAUAACACGAUUUAAAUGCCAGAAAAUAGCGACACGGAAACAUGGCAAUGUCAGAUGUGUAUGAAAGAAACUAUUUCCAAUGUAACCUUUUCUGCAUCGACAAAAACGGGAGUGUUGGGGAGCAAGGUCACAUCCCCCGAUCACACGCAUAGGCCUACCUCUCAUUCUACCUUCCCGAGGAGUUUCUAACACUACAAGCUUUCCAAGAAAUGACAUGGUGUGUAAACAUUGAGGCUAGGUCGGCGACAGCUCCUCGCUUUUUUAAUAACCUACAUUUGUUACAAACAGUAAAGCCGCAGGCAGUCAAGGAGAGGCUUUCACUUACUGAACAUUGCCUGAAAUACGUCAUCAAAAGAAUCAGGCACGACAAAUGUCCCGCCUAUUCACUACACGAACAGACACACUGCGUAUACAGCAAUUGCACAACAGUUGCACGUUCCUAAGUCGACAGAUCUGAAAACUGCUUAAUGCUAGCUAUUUGAAUCAAGCCCCGCUGUACCUUACGUGUCCAGUGUUUUCGUCAUAAUCUCACAUCAUCAUCAUCAUUAUCAUCAUCACUUCCUGGAUACAUGGGAUUAAAGUUUAUGUAGUUCUUCAUGCAUUCAAUAAUGUCGGCCAAGUAUUUAUAUGACUGUGUAUAUCGGCGAUAACCCAAAAGGCUGGCUGGAGGUCAUUCUGUACAGCUGCACACAGUAUUUAUAGUGCAGAUAGUGUAGCUGGUGCGAUGAAAUCAGUCCGAUUAAACAUUAGAUAACUAUUCAAACGGUGUCAGUUUAUGAAAGAACGUCCUUUAUCAUUAAAACAUUGAUGCCAGCGGGCUUCAGAAGCGACUGCUCGGUGUUCUCGAACGUUGAGAGGGGUUCCCCGUUGAGCAAACGUGGCCUCAAAUCACUAGCCACUUUUUGAUAAUGGGGCUGUUUACUCUGCCUUCCUGUGUGGUUCUAUAGUCAGUGGAUCACGGUGUGUAACAGCUGGACGCACAUUAUAUGAUGGAGCAAACAUUACCCUCUGUCUUGGUAUGGGAACAGUUGGGCGGAUUGUAUCAAAUGUACCCUGCAUCAGUCACGCAAAGCCAUGUCUCGUCUUGUUGAUAUAUUUUGUUUAUUUACAUGUGUAAAUAUUUAUGUCAAGUUUAACUUUCUAAAAUAAAUUGCAAUGAUUGGC